AAAGCUUUUGCCGCCAUUUUGAUAUUCCUUGGUUUCCUUGUUCGUUUCAAGGAAAAUUUUUAAAGUAUGGAAGAAAUUCCAGUGGAAUAUAAUAUCAUUAUCGAAGCGUUAAGUUGUGCUGUACAGAAUCAGCAACAAUCUGAAGUCAACGAAGGCCAGACUAAUUUUGAAUUUGUCGUUAUAAAUAACGCUAGCGACGUCCAAGGUCAAGGACAAAGCACGUUACAUUGUGCAGAGCAACCCGAGCAACAAACUGAACAUGUCGAAGCUGAAGUUACUUUUCAAAGUGCUGAUAACACUUCUGCAACCACUAACGAUGCUGGUGUUGUUUCUACCGAAGGACAAGACGUGGAAACAGCACAAGCGACUGAAGCAAUUCAACCAAGGGAGAAAACUCAUAAAUGUGAUGUUUGCAACAAGAAAUUUUUACAUGCAGGUAGGAUACUUAUUAUAAAUAAUAUUAUCAUCGUACUUUACUACUUUAUAUUAUGUAAAGGGUCCCCAUGUCAACGUUUUGCGUGUCUGUGGUGUGUCAAAACUAUUAGUCUGUAAUUUUUUCACAAAUUUUACUGGGUGGCAAAAUGAAUAUUUUAAAGAAAUCGAGCCUGAUGUUACAAAUAUGCUUGGUGGGUGUUUAGAUAAAAAUUUGAAUUUGAUGUUUUGUGUUGUAAUUUGGACAUAGGCCCUAAGGGUCCGUCAACAAACAGAUUUUGUACACUGAUCGUAGACUUGUUCUGCGAUGGGAGGAGGGGGGUCAGCUUUGAAUCCACUAUGAAAAGCGAAAUGAGGACAAAACUGAAUUUAGUGUGUGUGAAAAAGCAUUGCAUAUUAUCCAUAUGGAAACCCAGCAAAGUUUAUUCGACAUUAUCCACACAUUUACGCUGGAAUAUUUGAUAGCGGUAAUUGAUCAUUUGUUGUUGACACAAUUGCACAUAUGAUAUUUGCAUUUUGCGAUCUUUUUUUAAAAUUGCUGUUCUUGGUCACAAAAUUACAGGUAUUUAUUUAAUUAGGCCCUUAGGAUACCACAAAAUUACACUAUUUAAACAUUUAUUAAAAUAGUUUGUUUAUGUAUGGGUCUAUAUUCGUUGUGAAAAAGGCAUUCUAAUACCGUUGAGUGUAGAUGCCCCAAAUCCUCAUAUUUUAUAUUUUCCCAUGUUCCAGGGUGCAUUCCAUGUAAACUCUACGCCGAAGAUACGCCAAUAUUAACUAUAGAUAGUAUUGUAAUUUGCCAAACUCACGCCGAAGAUCUUCAGCGUAGGCCACUUAAAAUGCACCCUGGCGCAUGUUGGCCCGCAUGAACAGUCCGUAAUAACAUUCAGCCUGCUUGGGUGAGCCAGCCUGGGCAGUUGCAUUUAUAUGGGAAAUUUCCAGCCUGCCUAGGUGAGAUCCUAACUUCACAAAACGAGUUCCCAUAUAAACACAAGAUGAAUGUUACUAUGAAUUACAUAGCGACAUUAGAUCUCGGCAAGGCGAGCUAGCUCAGGUAACUCAGGCUGGCUUGCCUCCAUAUAAACACCCCCUAAGUAAUAAGCGUACUAAAUAAUGUUAGUAUAAACCUACUAGUAGGCUAUCACAUUUCGCGCCUUCUGAUUGGUUACGCUACUAGUAGGCUAUUAGUGAUAGCCUACUAAUAGAAAAUUCAAAAUGGCGGAAAAUUCGCGUUUUGCACGUUUGCCGAAGUGUCUGAUGAUUUUUUGGACGACUUGUUGAACAUUUCUGUACUAAAAACCCUCGAAAAAAGCAACAAAAAUAUGGUAUGGCAAUUUUUAAGGGUAAGAAAAUAGACAAAAUAACAUACACUCAAUGAAAUUUUAAAAUUAAAACUGAAUUUUGUAAAACAUUUUACGUGAACAAAAACUAAAAUAUUUGUUUACCUUUAAUGGUUUUAUAAUGUUUUUUUGUGUAUUUUUGUAUUCUGUUUGCAGCCUAGUUGUAAAUUAGUGUUAAAGUUUAUACUAAAACAAUUAGACAACUCGGCCUCGUUGUCUAUGAGCAAAUAGUCAACUCGGCUUCGCCUCGUUGACUAUUCGCUCAUAGACAACUCGGCCUUGUUGUCUAAUUGUUAAUUAGCCAAUUAGCAUGUUUGUUUACUUUUUGCAUCUUUGACCAAUCAGAAUGCCUGAAAUUCGAAACAUAUAAACAAAAAAAGGGGAAAAAUAACACUUUGUUCUAUGCCCUCCAUCUAAUCCGAUAUUAAACUUUGUACUCCCAAACUAACAAAUGAUAUAGCAUGCUUUUUUCUUUAAUUUCCUGGGUGGGAUUUUUAAAAUUUGAUCUAGAAUGUGAAAUAUUUAUGUUUGAAUAACAGUGGUUUGAUUCUCACCUGCACUAUCUUUUGAUGAAAUACUCUGUCAGUGUGUUUUUUUACAAAUUCAAAGAAUAGUCUGUGGCUCGACCUAUAGCAGUAUAUAUAGACAUUAUAAUUAUGAAGUACUAAGUACUGUAAAUGUAAUCUUAAAGUCCUCAAAUAUCUGAAAAUAAAACAAAAUGAACGAUUCUAACAUAUAUUUUAAUGUGUUGGUGUUGUGUACUCAGGUGAAUAAUAAGAUGUUUGUGAUGUUACUCUGAGUGUAUAUCCACACCGGGCAGGCUUGAAAAAUAUGCCCGGCCACGGUGGGAAUCGAACCUACGACCUUUGGAAUACUAGCCCAAUGCUCUGCCAACUGAGCUACGCUUCGAGUAAGUGAUAUUACAGAAUCUAGUUCCUUCGAUACCAAUGUAAUCUAGUAAUAUGAUAUUUUUCUGAAAAAUAUCAUAUUACUAGAUUACAUUGGUAUCGAAGGAACUAGAUUCUGUUCCGAAAUAUCACUUACUCGAACCAUCCUGACCACGUCGCUCAGUUGGCAGAGCAUUGGGCCAGUAUUCCAAAGUCAUAGGUUCGAUUAAGCUCGCCCGGUGUGGAUAUACACUCAGAGUAACAUCACAAACAUCAUAUAUUUUAAUAUCCGAACAUAGUUGAGAUAGUUUCAUUUCUUCUAAAUACAUUUAUAUGGUUUUCUGGUGGGAAGACCUCGCACCUUUUUCGCUAGAAAGUUCUUUUUUCUCUCAGAAACUAAUAAACUGCUAAAACACUGUUAAAUACAAAAAUGUCAAAAUAUUGAAAGGAAUAUAAAUCCUUUUCAUGAAAAAUAUUCAAAAUAUGCAGGGGAAAAGGUUAUAAACCUACGAGCUCGAGGUUUGGUCGUGAUCUCAAACGUUUUCGAGGAAUACAUUGAGGUAGAACUGGGGAAAAACGUCUCAUGGAAUCAACAAUCUUUACAAAACAUGUCUUUACGAAAGUUUUAAAAAACGGAAAUUCAACUGCUUCCGAGAGAUCAAGCUGUUGAGCUAAAAACCAAAGUCAAACAUUUUCACUCUUUCCAAAAAAUCCGUAGUCAAUGGCAUUGCUUUUAUUCACUUUUAGGUAUUUUCAUAGUUUUAACAUCACAAAUAGAGGGCAAUGCACUGGGACUGGGAUUCACCAACCAAAACACGAUAAAAAAUGGGAAUGGGAUUUGAGCAAGACAAUAGACAUAUAGUGUGGGACGAUGCCGAUGGGAUUUGUUCAAGAUUUGGACUGGGAAACUGGGAUUAGGAGCCCCCUUUCAGAACGGCAAUUGCUGAAUAGUAUACUUCAAGAUAAGGUUUCCGUUUUUAUAUCAAUUUUUAAAAUAAGUUAGGGUUAGGUUAUUGUUAGGGAUAGGGUUAGUAGUAGGGUUAGGGUUUAGUUUUGCGUUAGGAUAUUUUUUUCUACGUUAUAAAAACGGAAACCUUAUUUUGAAGUAUACUAUCUAGCAAUCACCCUUUCAGAACCCUCAUAUAAGGAGAACUGAUUUGGGGAGUUUCUGUAACAAUUUGAGAAAUUUUUUUUUGAAAAAAGCCAUAUGAUUAAUAAAUUAAUAAACAAAAUCAUGCAGGUAGUCCCCACCCACAUUGGGGGUGGUCUCGAACUCGUAUUGGGGGUGGUCCUCCACCCACAUCGGUCCUAGUGUCUCACCCACAUUGCGGGUGUUUCUCUACCUUAGUCACAAAGCAAAGCCUUGCUGCCAACUAGUGCAAAAAUGGAUGUUCAAGCCUAAUUACACUGUACAUAUUUACUUUACCAACGUAGCCAAGGGGGGGGGGGAAUGGGAGGGGGGGGUCCGCCCCCCCCCCACACUUUUUGUAUAGAUCAAUAUUGUAAUGCUUCCAAAUAUGAAAAGAAACUGGGGGGGGGUGCAAGUUGAAAAUAUUUUUAAAGAAAUCAAUUGUCGUCAUUAAAUUGAAAUAAUUGCGUAUUUGCGUUCGCAGGCUAUCCAGUAUGUUAUGUAUAGCUUAGUUUGAUGCAACGCUUCAGAACAUCUUCAAAGAGAAGAAAUAUAUUUAGUGUCUGCUGUAGAUGCGGUAACGUCGCUAAUCGCUAGAUUUUCUUCUUCCGGAAUGAGGAAUAAUUUGCCGAGUUUGUGCGUACUGCUGAAUCCAAGGCAGUCGAAUUUCACGUUGAAGAUUAGAGAUCCCAGUAACAAACGCCGUAGAACGCUUCCAAAUCGUCUAGCUGAUGGACCGUUGAUGAAACAUUGCUUGAUAUAUCAUUCAGUCACCACGUUGCCUCAACUCAAAACAGCACAACAGUGUCAGCAGAAAGUAAAUUUCGUACUGAUUUUUACUAUUGUCUGCUUGAUCUGCUGCUGAGGGAGCUGAAAAGGCGAUUUUCAGUAUUGGUACAAUUAUCUGCAUUCAACUAUCCAGCGCGUUGGAGUGAUAAUAAUAUAGACUUUACUAUUUAGGACGGCAACGCGACGGCAACGGCUACCAAUACAAUAAAUUAUUCAAAAGAAUUGAGUAAAUACAAUAUAUGAAUAAUUUAGUCAUCGCUCUGUUUACAACGCGAAAUCACAGAUUUUCACGUCUUGAUACAACGGCUGCAUUUGAAGCCGCAACAAGUGCAACUUCAAACUGGGGUGAAAGAACCAUUACCUUCUAAGAAUGCAAAGAGGGGUGAAAGAACCAUUACCUUCCAUUAAUAUUAAAAGAACUUAAUAUUAAAGAAGUUUGGUGAAAGUGAUUACGCUGGCCUUUACCUAAACCUUCACAGAAUCAUUUGUACAUUGCAGCCAUAAUUCCGAUUGCAAUAGCUUCGUGCGAAAGAUGCCUCAGCAAAGUUAAAAUUAUCAACAAUUAAUUACACGAGAGCAACCAUGUUAGUAGCGAAAGAGAUGUAGCCGUCUACUAGCCGAAGAUAUUAAGUUGCAUUCUCUUGUCGAUAGAUUUGCUUUGAAGCCUAGAAAACUUCCACUAUCAUAUCUAAAAGUUAGAUGAAAGCGGUUAUAUUCCUGAAAACGGAACACAAAUUAGGUUCCCGUUCGUGUAAAUGUUGUAUAAUAUGUGCAUGUAUCGUUUCAAAAAGAAAGUGAUUUUAAAAUGCAUUAAAGCAUUUCUCAACUUAGUAACAAGUUCUUAAAACUUUCUUUAUCUACUAAUUUGACGUGUCAUAUUAUUACUAUUAGUUUAUUACACACAUGCUUUGUUAAUGUAUCUCGUAAAUAUUUCAUCUAUGGCAUAAAAUAUACCAAAUCUGUGGCAUAUAGAUCACCAAAAAGCCACGCCAAAUAUGCACGUGGGAGCGUGCAUAUUUCAGAACAGUACUUUUAUGUACUUGGCACUUUAGACCCCCAUUCGUAUGGGGCUGGCUACGCGCCUGUGGUCCAUGGAGUUUGAGGAAGGCGAUAGCAUGCAACCACGUGAUCAAUUUUUUGACGUUUGAUAACACGAAGUAUAUAGCAUGCCGCUGAUUUACUGCAGCGACUGAUAAGUGUGCAAAGAUGACGAGGUUGGAAAAAGCAUUGAAUCCAUCGAUAUCAAAGUAGUUUUUUGUUGUACUGUAAUAGGAAAAGACAAAGUUCAUUCCGUUCAUUAUUAAUGUACGAUGGGGAAAUUUGUAUCACUGAUACAGCUCAGUACUUUGCCCUCGUAUAAUGCAUUAAUGUCCUCGUAAAAUGCAUUUGCCCUCGUAUAAUAUUAAUAUUAUUGAACAUGACAUGGAGCCAUCUCGACAUGGAUUUGGUCGAAAGAUGAAAGCUUAAAAUUCGGUGAACAAGGCAAGUGUUUGUAAAUGCGAACAAGAUCGUGUAUUUUGAUUUUCUUUGGAUUGCAAUUCAGCUCAGCAUUCAGUUGGCGAAAGUGAAAAGAAGAUGAAAAUCAUGAAACAGUACAAAAGUUUAUGUGUGAACAGAAUUGUUCGAAAGCUGAACUCAACGACAAAUAGUUAGAACAGUCAUGGCUUACAAUUUGUACAUGAAAUGCAACAUGAUUAAGAAUAUUGCACAACUACAGCCUGAUUUUGCAUAAUAUUCAGUAUACGCUGCUGUUUUGGAUGUGGUAAAAAAUAUUCAAUGUUUAUAAAUGUCAUCUCAAAUAUAACUAUAUAUAAACCAAUUUAACUGCAAUGUGCCCCAAUCUUUGCUUUUGCUCUGGCUAACUUCAGAUGAUUUUACUUGUUGCAAGACUUUUCCCUUGGCCUACACGAGUAAAUUUGUCUGGCAUUGGACAGGGUAAAACAAAAAAUUGCCCAAACGGGUUGAUAAUAAGCUUUGAGAUGCUGAUGCUUGUGAUGUUACUCUGAGUGUAUAUCCACACUGGGUAAGCUUGAAAAAUAUGCCUGUCCACGGUGGGAAUCGAACCUACGACCUUUGGAAUACUAGCCCAAUGCUCUGCCAACUGAGCUACGCGGUCAGGUCGGUUCGAGUAUGUGAUACUUUCGGAACAGAAUCUAGUUCCUUCUAUAUCAAUGCAAUCUAGUAUAAUCAUGAUUUUUCUGUGUUGGUGUAAUGUACUCAGGUGAAUAUGCUUGUGAAGUUACUCUGAGUGUAUAUCCACACCGGGCAAGCUUGAAAAAUAUGCCUGUCCACGGUGGGAAUCGAACCUACGACCUUUGCAGUACUAGCCCAAUGCUCUGCCAACUGAGCUACGCGGUCAGGUCGGUUCUAGAUGUUCAGAAACCUACAAUAAGUCAUAUUUCUAAGUUCUCUUUAUGUACCACAACUUUAUUUGAAGUACUGUAAGUGACAAUUAUAUAUCAUACAUAUAGAGAAUCGGGAGAAUUUGUAAUAGGUAAGCGUGAAUGCAAAUAAUUUGUGUUGUAUUCAUAUCAAUGUUUUUUUAUAUGGUUUCAUGCUUUAUGGUAGCUGCGAUUGAUGUAGCACAUCGUGUAAAGUCCUAUCAUGAUAGUUGAACUGCUGUAAUUCCUCAAAAUCUGCUGUAAUUCCCCAUCAAGAAAAUAGAAGAGGUCAUGCACUUAGGUUUUUUAAUGUAAGUGGGACCUUGAGAACAUUUUUCAAAAAAUCUAGUUCUAGGCAUUUUCAUUAAAUACAUGCCUUUCCUGAACCAUUUGUGUAGAAUGAUAUGGAUGAUCAUGCCAAGUACGUGGUUGUGACCAACGCAUGACAUGAUAACAACUGCACCCACUCUAAGCCAACAUCUAUCUCGUGUGCAACCAGGGAUGGAUUUACUGGGGGAGGGGGUGCGUACUCCACCUAGUCCAGGACAGAGGGGAUCGAGGGGUUGCUAUUUUCAUGAUAAAGCAAAACAUUAUUGGAGACAAAUGAGAUGCAGUAAUUUUAGUAAUAACAUGAUGAUAAGCGAACUGUGAACAACAAUUACAAUUCAAAUACAGUAGUCAAGCAAGACUUUACAGUAGUUAAGCAAGUUGAUGGGCGGGCGGCACACAUGACCCACAUAACUCAGCACCAGAGCUGGCAUAGCACACCCCCAUGCUGGAACCACCGCUGUACGCAACAAUGUGUCUACAAGAAAGUAACAGAAUCAAAACGUAGUUGUCGUGCAAUUACCCCAUUGACCAUGUGCAUCUUGAAAAUCGAUAGCGAAUGCACCACCUCUUUCAUACUCCAAAGUAUUUUCCUGGUAUUUUGCAUGUGUGCAGCGUGCACAAUGUAAACCAAGGGUUGGACAAUUGCUCACUUUUCGAUAAGCUUUGUCCUUAAGGUUUUUUCAAUGGUAUACAGCGUAAUAUUUUCUAACCAACAGAUCUGUGAUGCUACCAUUCCAGUAGACACACGUACGACACAGCGUACCUAUUUUUAGGUUAUAGGGUUAAAACAUAUUUUCACGAAUACAUAUUAUAUGCUGUUUAGCUUGAAAUUUUGCAAAGUUCAGCCGAGGGCAUUGUGACAAGCCAAAAAUCAGAAGUAGAUAGUCAACAAAUCAACAGCCAAGAAAGUGUAACUUCGACCAUCACUGUGAGUUCACCUAUAACAAAAAGUCAACAAAUUUAUGAUGACUCUGUUUUUUUUUUAUCCAACAGCUGGUUUAUUCUAAUGCUCCUUCGAUACCUGCAGCCCUUAAGAAUGUAGUUCCCCUGAUUGGUCCAUUACCCAUUUAAUUGAAUGCCAUUUAAUUGAAUGGCAAUUAAAUUUCCGUCUAGUUUUUGCUGAUCUUUAUUCAUUUCUUUUUGGAAAGAAAGCUAAGCUGGCUGAGAAACCGAAACCUUGGCAAAUAUCUCUGUUGCUCGAAGUUAUUUACUAUAUGAAGGAUGGACAUUUGUAAGGGACAUGGUCCUGUCAGUCUUUUGCAAGUGCAAAGGGGGAUGGACACUUGUAAGGGACAUGAUUCUAUCAAUCUUUUGCAAGUGCAAAGAUGUUCAAUUUCUCACACUUUUGAAUCUUCUUGACAAUUAUGUCCCAUUGGUUCUAAGCAUCUACUCAAUUGUCUUCAAGUGCAACAAAUAUGAACUCUUUUUCCAGUCCUUGCUCCAUUGUUGGGUUAUGUUUGUAGUGUUUACAAGACGUCAAUAUAACAAAGCAUUGCUGGUAAUGCUUUCCACAUUCCACAUUCGGAAAGAAAUGCCACUUCUGUGUUCGAAACGGUACGUCAACACUUGGCUGCAUUCGAUGAAUAUUCAGUUGAGAACUUCCACUCAGUGUUAAUUUCAAUCAGUAUUUGUGCCACUUAUAGAAAAUAAUUUAAUUUCAGUUCGAAAAGGAUUAAUAAAUUCCUUUCAAUCAGUAUUUUUGCCACCUAUAAAAAUAAUUUAAUUUUAGUUCGAAAAGGAUUAAUAAAUUUCCAACCUGUUUGGCGAGAAAAUUCUUACCAAUCGAGUGCUCCCGCUAGGGUUCACAUCAAUCGAAAAUCCACCAAACCCAAACAGGUAAAUAGAAAACAAAUGGGGCUUCAGUGGUUGAACAAUUUCAAUUUAACCCAAUGCAAGUACUGCACACUUAAAGUAAUACACAGGCAGACCAAUUGCUGGAAUUGGUGUGCCUGCAAGUAAUUUAAUGCUUUUAAAAAUCUUUAAUUUCAAAAGAGGCAGUAGAUUGGUAGGCAAAUCUUUAAAUAAUAUCCUGUGAUUAUGGUAAACUGUUUUCCAGUCAACAUAAAUCCCCGCCUGCUCAAUAAUUCUAGGAAGUGCAGGGGCCAUCGGGGCAAAGCAGCGUUACAGAGACCAAAGCGAUAUAUUUAUACAGUCCAGCAAUUUUGAAUAUGCAUUGCUGAGAAGUAAAAACUGCCAACUUCUGGGUUGGGGAAGUGGUAAUUUACAUUGACUGUACACUUAUGGGGUGCCAUGAAGUCAGAUGAACAGCUGCCAGUUCCGCUGUCUUAGGACUGCUAAUUCUAAGCCGCAGUCGGAUUCAAAACAUUGUCCAAGAUGUUCUAGAGAUUUUGAGCACUGUUUUAACCUUGCCAUGCACGCAAUCAUAUUUUGGAACAAUUUGAAAGGACGCACUGACUAAUGUAUGCAACAUAAAUAUAAAAAAUAUGAAUCUUACAUUAAAAUUUCCAUCAUAGAAAAUGCGAUUUGCCUACCUGCAAAAAGGUUAAUCCACUUUGGAACGUUUUCCGUGGUUUUGAGCAUUCGUUUCCACAUCGAAUGUAUUCUGCCCAACAUCAGCGAAUAACGCUGUGUUUGCUCCGGCGACUCGCUUUGAAGAGGGCGAAAGCGAUGAAGAAAGUGAGGCAGAGACCCUAACCACGACGACCAACCAGAAGACGAACAGAACGAACCCUCGUGAACAGUUUGUUAGAAAAAAUAUGCCUUUGGCGAAGGUCUGACAUUCCCCUACUUUAGUUUUAACUGGCAACCGGAUAUGCAGGUCUGCGAUACUGUAUCUGUCAGUCAUGGAUCGUUGUGACGCAUUUCCGAUGCGAGAUCAGAUUAGAUAGGUAAUAUUUAAAAACAUAGACUAUAUUUAACAAUUAGUCGCCGAAGGCGAGGUGAUUACAAGCCUAUAUUCACUGAGCCGAAGGCGAGGCGAAUAGAGGCUUGUAAUCACCGAGCCUGAGGCAACUAAUUGUUUUAGCAUAAAUUUCCAGGUGUUUACAAACAAUAAUCCACACAACUUUAUAAAAAUUCACUUCAAAUAAAUUUAUUUUCACUUUGAAUAUAGUUUGUUUACAAAAUUUAAAUCUCAGACACGGCUCUAUGUCGCGUUGCGACUAAGCCAGUUUUUUUCCAAAUAAAAGCACGUAAAGUUUAAUAUUUUACCUUGAAAUAUUUUUAAACCAUAUUUUGUGGCUUGUUUGGAUUUUUUCGGAAUGCUAUCUUCUUUAAUUUUGGCAAUUUCCUCCUCUGUUACUACGCAAAACGAGCAGCCAUUUUGAAAAAAAAGCUAUAGUUACUGACCAGUGACUAUCACUUCAGAGACAGUGAAUCUUGACCAAUCAGAAUGCAGAAAAAUCAAUAGUCACCUGGAAAUUUAUACUAAACUAUAUUAGUCUGUGUUGGCUGUGGUGUGGGGAAAAUAGGUUUAAAUUGCAAAAUCUACGAAUUUAUUAUGUGCGUGUUAAGAUAGUGCAGGUGAGAGUCUACCAUUUUACGCGCGUCGAAACACUGUUAUUCAGACAUAAAUGUUUCGCGUUAUAGAUUGAAUUAAAAAAAUCCCACCGAGGAAAUUAAAGAAAAAAGCACUCUUUAUGAGAAUUUGUCAGUUUUGGAGUAAAAAGUUUAAUAUCGAAUGGCACGGAGGGCGUAGAACAAGGUGUUAUUUUCUUCCUCCUCUUGUUUAUAUCUUUCGAAUUUCGGGCAUUCUGAUUGGUGAAGGACGCAAAAUGUGAACAAACGCGCUGAUUGGCUAACAUUAUUUACCUUUGUUUUCCUAAGUCACACCUGCUAUAAAACAGAACUGGUUAUUGUAUUCCAGUCUAAGCAGAUUUGGAUAAAUGUUAACAUAAACAUUUUUUGAGAAAUCAAGAUACUGGAAUAUAUUUAAACUGACAUUUGAACCAUGCAAAAGAAACAAAAAUGAUUUCGGGCCUUGUUUCUUGUAUAAAACAUUCACGUAAAUCAGUUUUUAUUCCACACUUACAUGUACGCUGCUUGAGAAGUGACUUGUUCAACAAAAGGUGACGAAACGGGGAAGGAAGUGUGAAAAAAAUCAUUGAACCUCUUCAUGAUUUCUGUAUGGACUUCCAUCAAUAGUGUUUGUCCCACAACCCAUUGCUCUCAUCAGACUAAUAUUUAAUUCAAGUUAAUUAUUCUGUUUCUGGGAUCUACAAUCUUCUGACAUAUUUGAUCUUUAAUCCAAACAGGGGCAUGCUGUCAUAUACAGUAGCAUCAUAUGCUACUGUAUAUACCAAAUUCCCAGUUUUCAACCUGAAUUGCUGUGCUUUACAAUUAUAUUUAUAUACAGCCAAUGGACCUUUAACCUUAUAACUAAAAUUUUGAUCUAGACAAGUCUAGACAACAAUUUCAUCACAGCUUGAAAGAGCAUCACAAAAUUAGUAAUAUUCCGAAGUUUCGUUGCGAAAUGUUGUAAAAUGCGGAUAAUAUAGCCUUGCGAAGUUUGCAAUUUUCAGUCAUUUUAGAUUACAAACAGGAAAUUGAUACCCAAACACCCGAUUUGUGUAUCAAUUUCCCGUUUGUAAUCUAAAAUGACUGAAAAUUGCAAACUUCGCAUGGCUAUGUUAUCCGCAUUUUGCAACAUUUCGUAACGAAACUUUGGAAUAUUACUAAUUUUGUGAUGCUCUUUCAAGCUGUGAUGAAAUUUUUGUCUAGAUCAAAAUUUUAGUUAUAAGGUUAACGGUCCAUUCAAAAAAGGUUGUCCUUUGCAAACUCUAAACCUUAAACUCUAAGCGCGCAAGGCUUAAUUGGAGCACACGUUUCAAGCUUAGCAGUUGAAUAUUGCAGCUAUAUGUGAAUGAAUUGUUCUCGUAAGGAAAUAUUUACCAGGUCUCUAAGAAAUGGGCCCAUAUAUAUUAUUUUAAAACUGAUCAAAUGAUGCUCCCAUUAUGCUUUGCACGCUUAGAGUUUAAGGUUUAGAUUUUAAGGUUUCCAAAGGACAACCUUUUUUGAAUUAGCUGCAUAUAGAUAUAUUAGAUAAAUUACAAUGUAAUGAUAAUUGUACAAGCACAUUGUUUACUUAAAUCGAUUCUUAUAUAUCCUUGUAACAGCUCUCCAGAUUGACCACAUUGUGAUCAUGUCUGUCGCGUGUGUAGAACUUUCUCCUUUCACACUUUCAGCAUUUAAUUUCCUAAAUAGAAUUUUAAAUUCAUCCUUCCGUGCUCUGAAAUAUCUGGAAAGGUUUAUGCUCUUCACCGCUACCGAAAUAGCGCACACGUUUCUGGAAAUUUGCAAGACAUUUUCCACUAACUCUAGUGCCACUUCGGGAUCAUUACACUGCAAUAUAUUGACCUUUGGCAUAAAGUACAUUGGAAGACUUUGCAUUCUCAAGACCUCUGCUAACUCCUCAAGUAAUGUGACAAGAUGAUGAACCAAAGUUUCUUCAGUCCAAGAUUCUUGUGAGGUUUUCUCAAAAUGCCAAAAUGCGAUGGUUUUCAAAUGAUAACUUGAUAUAAUCUCUUUGAGAUUUUGGCCCCAGGUAUUUUGAUGAUAUUUCACUACCGCUUUGGAAGCUUUUAAUACUUUGUGCUGUAAUGGGGAAAGUGUUUGGAUUAGCAUAGUUUCAGCGCAGGAAAAAGACAAACGAAAUUCUCCAUCUGGUGAGCUCUUUGGGACAAUGUGAAAUCCACCUUUGGUGAUUUUCUCCACCGAAUGUAUUUCUGGCCAAAGUCGUUCUCGUGUGAUCCAUUCCCGUGCACACGAUGGCCACCCUUCGCAAAAUAUGGACAACACAAUAUCAGUGGAAGGGACUAUCUUAUAGUGUAUAUCAUACAUCCCCAUCACCGCUGCCUCCAAAAUGUUAGAAAAUGUAUUUUCGUUUAUUGGUUCACCAAAUUCCAGAAAUCCGUCCGUGAAACAAGCUGUGUAAGAUUUGGCUGGUUUGGGUUUUCUUAUGGUUAUUGCCGCGCCUUCCGUAAGUUUUUCGCGUUUUUCCUCUCCAAAGUUACCUGUAUAGCAAUAAAGUUUUCCAAUAUAUUCGCAGUUUUCUUGUAGUUUUUCUUUUAAUUUCCUCGAAGACAAUUGCUGUCUAUUUUUAGAGUGAACUUCGUCUGCGAGGUAGUCGCUCCACAUCUUUAGCUUCUCUUUGUCUGUAAUAAACGCGUGAACAAAAGGCGUAUCUUCCCUUAAAAGCAAGCAACCUUGUACCUGAUCUUCUUGAGAAAAUGAAAUAUUCUUCAACACAGACAUGAAGUCCAUAUCUGGCAGUUCCAUGGAACAGUGUUCACCAUACAAGAAAAGACCUUCUCCCCAACUUCCAGACAGGAAUGUUUCACCAACUUCAAAUGGUGGCUCUUUAUCAAAGUAACAAUCGAUAUUUGUUUUGAAGGAACUGAACCGUUCAACUUGUCGUUUUGAAAUAUGAAGUUGCUUGACCAAUUCUGCGUACAAGGUUGCACAAGCGUCGUUUUCCAGGUGUCCAAUGAGACUAGUCCAUAAAUCAGCCACUGAUCGCACACCUACAGGUGGAAUCCAUACUUCAAGUAAGGUAGUCCUAAGUUCUGAAUAAUUGGUUUCAGCCAUUUUUUAGUGAUAAGCUGUUUUAGUGAUAAAGUCAUUGAUCUUAAGACACAGUUCUCAUUUCUCGCCUAUUGGCCUGCCAAACGAAAUCAGUUAGUACAACUGUGUGGAUGAAGACAGGCAAAUAGCACUAAAUAAGCACUACAGUACCGCACCAGGGACACCAAGCACCACAUUGGCAUGUUAGCAAGCGUUACCAAAAUCAUUAAAUAUAAAUCUUAUCAAAACGAAAACGAACGUAAAUUCAUUUGGAUAUUAAGCGAAAGUAGCUAUAUGUCUUUUCAAAACAAAAACGAACUUAAAGUCAUGUUAAGCGUCUUUUGAACAGUAGAUCUUAGGGGGGAAAUGCUCUUUUGUAGGUUGUAUCUUAAAAUUUCGGGGACUAUGUCCCAAUCCCCUUUAUCUUGGUGCAUGGAGUCUGCUACGCCAUUUUCAAAUCUCUCAAUUCAUUACGAACAGCUACUAUUACCUUAAAUAUCUGGCAAACUCUCUGAAAAUAUAAUAUAAGAUAAAAGAUACACCAAUGUAUUCAUGCUAUAUGUAUUUAUGUUAAAAAACUAUUAUAAUUAAUUAUGAUUAAACAAUUUUGGAGGAAAAGUGGGUCAAUUAUUUUCUAAUUAUGUGCCUUAAGUUUACUUUUGAUUUCUCUUACUGGUUAAAUUUCAAUAUUCAUGCUAUAUGUAUUUAUGUUAAAAAACUAUUAUAAUUAAUUAUGAUUAAACAAUUUGGGAGCUAGGAAAAGUGUGUCAAUUAUUUUCUAAUUAUGCAUGGCCUCAAGUUUACUUUUGAUUUCUCUUACUGGUUAAAUUCCAAUAUUUCGAUUUCUCUUACUGGUCAAAUUCCAAUUACAUGAGCUUGUCAGUAAAUAUAAAAGCGACCACGUGACAAUCAGAUGUAUAGUUUAAUAGUUUAAUAAAAUUCUUUAUUCACGGUAGCCUAUAUAUUCAGUUAAACAAUAAUACAUCUGCUACGCCAUUUUCAAAUUUCUCAAUUCAUUACAAACAGCUACUAUUACCUUAAUUUAUUAAAUAUCCAUAUCUGGCAAACUCUCUGAAAAUAUAAGGUAAAAGAUACACCAAUGUAUUCGUGCUAUAUAUGUAUUUAUGUUAAAAAAACUAUUAUAUUAAUUAAUUAUGAUUAAACAAUUUGUGAGGAAAAGUGUGUCAAUUAUUUUCUAAUUAUGUGCCUCAAGUUUACUUUUGAUUUCUCUUACUGGUGAAAUUCCCAUAUUUUGAUUUCUCUUACUGGUCAAAUUCUAAUUACAUUAGCUUGCCAGUAAAUAUAAAAGCGAGCACGUGACAAUCAGAUGUAUAAUUCAUAAUAGUUUAAUAAAAUUCUUUACACACGGUAGCCUAUUCAGUUAAACAAUAAUAUAUACAGGCAUUCAGUUAAACAAUAUUAUUAUAUAUCAAUAGUCAAAGUCGCAUUUUUCUAGUGUUUUAUUGGUUGAGAGCAUAUCACAUGAGAGUGACGAAAUUAGGCUGUCUCCCUCGCAACAGCGCGAGAGGGAGAUAAUACGUUAUCGACCGGCGAAUAACAAAAAAAAUCACGUGCGCCAUCACGUGAAGAUGCGACCUUUGGACAUGCCUAGUACGUAAUUAAAACUUUCGCUUUAAGUAACUGCAGUGUAGCCAGUGUUUAAAUUAAUAUAACGUUUUAACAAUAAAAUAUUUCAUGUAUUUACGUUCAUUUGUUCUUUAAUUUGUUGUUUCUUUGACUAUUGAUAUAUAAUAAAACACUUAUUUACUGAGACCUCGGGAAAGCAGUGUGUUUUGUGGACCCUCGACCGUCGAUGUUUCCCUCGGCUUCGCCUCGGGAAACAUCGACGGUCUCAGGUCCACAAAACACACUGUUUCCCUCGGUCUCAGUAAAUAAGUGAUAAAUAUAUACAUGCAACACUGGUUUUUAAAGGGCCGUGUGCACACUCUUUAUAUGAAUUACUAAUAAAUAAAUUACUAAUGAAAAUAUAAUUAUGCUGCAGACUUACCUUACAAUAUUAUUUAGUGCAUGUAAAUGACGUUUGAAAGAAAAUAUUGAUUUCUGCUCUACAUUAUGCUUACUUCACUAGAUAGUUUCGUUCCAUGAUUUUUCAGAAAAUUUGUUUUAGGUUUUAGUAUCAAUUUAGUAUUGUUGCUUCUCGGAGAAUAGUUAUUGUUUUCACAUUUGGUAAAUAGUUCUGCAAGAUAAUUUGGUAACCUGGUAGUUAGAGCUUUAAAUGUCAUUAUCAUUUCUUGAUUUGUUAAAGAUUGCUCAAUUGCAUGGUGUCCAAUUAAGAUUUUGCAAUAUUCUUUGCAUGGAACGAACAUCGUAAGUGUCUCCAGUGAUCACUCGCGCAGCUCUCCUUUGUAGCUUCGAUAGCUUAUCAAUAACAGAACAGGAUCCAUCGUUCCAAAUUGUUGAGCAAUAAUUAAAGUGGCCUAGUGGGGCAAAACAAAGGCAUUGUACAUUUUUAUUAACCCUUGGAAGAAAUCGUUUUGAUCUUAUAUUAGAUAAUAUUAGAUCUAAAUAAUACUAAUAUCAUUUUAUUCAAUUUACUCGAUUCUGAUUGGUUAAAACCGUGCCGAUUAAACAUUAAUAUACGCACAGUGUGCGUAUUAAAACCUGGGUUCACACUAGCAAUUCUGUCGGCGAUUUUUGUCCUCCUGGCAAAUGUGAUCGACUGAAUGACAUGCAAAAGAUUUAGAAUUGUUUACUUCUGAAAAGCGACUCUAUACUUUUGUGUGCGAGUUCACUCAUUUGCAUCCGUCAGAAACACAAAAUCACCGACAAAAUUGCCAGGCUUAAAAAUUAAUCGGCACGGAUACGCGAGGCCGCGUGGAUUAAACAAAAUGUCAAAAUCAAAAUAAACAAAUUGAAAAUGUACAUUUUCUGAGCUCUUAUUUUACAUGAACAAUGAGCUCUUAUUUGUGCUUUCAUAACGAUUAUAGACUAUAAAAUAAAGAUUAUUCACAUUUUUUACAGGUAUGAAUUGAAAAUUAAUGUCAUUAAAUGCUCUCAAAAUUGACAGGCCUUAAAAGACCGUUUACAGGGCCGUCUGACAAAAUGUCCGGUGACGUUGAGUUUGGGUCGGACAUAUGUCCGAUGACCUUCAGUUCAGUUUUGACUCGGAAAUAAGUGUGAAUGCAUGACACAAAUGAAUAUCAGCAUAAUGUAUUCAUUCUGAACGGUAAAUGUUGUGAAGAUAUUAAAUAAUUUGUUUCUUUCAUACUUAUUUCCAAGCCAAAAUUAACUUGGUUUCCAGAACAGCAGUAAGAGUUCGACAACUUAAGCCCGUUUUCCACCUCACCAUUUCGCUUGCCGCCCCGCGCUUGACUACGUUAAAACAACAUUUCCAGUUCACCUUUUAUACAAUAGUACUCUGAUUUUCCAUCUAACAUACAAGCCUCUAUUCCUGGGCUAGGGUACAUUUUGAUUUACGUUGGACAAAGCUACAGUUCGGUUGGACACAAAUACACUCGGGUCGGACAAACAACAAACCUCAGUUUCACUUAGGUCGGACAGAAUGUCCGGUGGUUUCCUCUCUACGUCGGACAAUUUCACGAAUGGGUCGGACAAUGUCCGUGACCGACCGAUAUUUUAAGGCCUGUAUAAUUGACCACAAAGGCGCGUAUAUGCAUGGCUGUGCUCGCGCUUGAAUACAUAAAAUACAAUUUUUCUAAUUAUCAUUGAUUGCUUGUGUAAAAUUGACUAUAAAAUGAUAUUAAUACUUGUGGGAAAUUAUACUUGUUCUCAAAGUAUUAAUGAUAAAUCACACUUGUAUUUGGCGAAAUAUUUAUAAUACCGCUCGUGCUACGCAAUCGCGGUAUUAUAAAUAUUUCGCCAAACACGCGUGCGAUUUUUCAUUAAUACUUCGAGAACCGUGUAAUUUCCUAUACAAAUAUACGGAAAACUACAGCAAUUGCAAGUAAUGGCUACGGGGAGAAAUAAAAGUACUCUUAAUGUCUGCUUUUAUCAGGCAAAAACAGAUAGGAAUGUGCAGCAUAACAUUGCCAAUGACAGCACACCGAUGCUCACCAAACCUUGUCCUCAAAAAUCUUCCCAUUUCCUUAGUGUGUAGAUGAGAUGGAAUUAGGAGGUGCACGUGAAUUGGUGCUAUUUGAUAUGGUACGUAGAUUUAGGUGCCGAAAUUAGAGGGUCUCAGAGAGAGGUGGAUAGCCGCGUUGGACAUAAAAGUCUCUCAUUUCCAGACUGUUAGCUUAGAAGUCCUAAUCUUCACUGAAAAUGCAGCGAAGAUGAAGGAACUGAGAGAAGGGAAUCGACCUUUUGGCGUGGUGGGGGUGGCAAGGAAACUAGAAGAUAGCUGUGGGGGGAGUCAGUGGGCUUAUACAAAACAGGGGUAACUAUAGUUUAUUGCCAUUGAUUAACACAAGGACAUCUGACAUUGAAACACUGGUCUCACUGAUCUCCCGUGUGAACUGGAGUGCUGUAUGGAAGUUAUUAAUGAAGUUAAUGAAACGCUUCAACUCGGCACAAGAACAUAAUGCUGUGACAAAAUUAAUAAAACGCUCCAAUUCGACACAAUGAUAUGAUGUUGCGCGAACACAGUGGAGGCAAUGGGUCUAUACCUGCGUUGGUACCAACAUCCCUUUCCGACCCGCUCUGAAACGCAACUUCCUGCUCUGAAAUGCCACUGCCCGCUCUGACUUUCGCGCCGAAAACCGAGGAGUAAAUCAAUUUUUAAACUAAAAAAUCUGCCCAAAAAGUUGAAAAACGUAGCUAACAAUAGUCAGAAUACGAAAAUGAAUUGCACCAAGCCCUAAAGACUUCAUACUAAGCACGAUAUGCAACAUCAGAAUUGACAAUAUUUUGCCGGAAGAAAUGGGACUAAAGGUCAGAAUGUGUAAGACAUACGUCGAGAAAGCUAUAGAGUGUUUGCACAUGACGUCACAGCUGCCACGACAUACCUUCUUCAUUAUCCUUUUGUAGAAAAGCGUUGAUUUAAAUAAAAACAGAUUCAUUUAUAUGUGUGAACAUGAACCUGUCGUUGUCGAAGCAACUGAAUUUGUCAAAGCCGAAACGCCAGGCUUAUUUUUAUUCCAAUGUUUUUCUGCUAUCAUAUUAUACAUUUUUACUGAAACUAUAUAUGUCUUUUUGUGUGUUUCUUGCCAGCUACGCUUUAAUGCCACAACCGCAUGCACUGAUCUCAAAUUAGUUCGCAUGUAACACUGGAAUUUUAAUGAAUUUAAUUUUACAUCUGCAUGCUAAAAAAUAGAAACGUUAUUUACCGCACAGUUAUUUUCAUCCAGACCGACGCUGCCCCACGGUCUUGAGGUUUACCUCGCAGCCGGUAAAUAACAUAUUAUGUCUGUGUUUCUGUCUUGCACUUCAAAGGUUUCAAUUUAGCUCGGGGAAUCAGCGUUUUGUGAGGCGACAUUCACACCAGAGUUACGAAAUGUCUGCUAAUUUGGGAAACGUCUUAACUCGGGUCUAAAAUUAUUGAACUCCAUCGGAUAGCAGCCAUUUCAUUUUUACUAUAAUUAAUUAAGGCCGUCGCACAACAGCCAUUUCAUUUUCACUUGGCUGAACUAAUGUUCUGUCACACCAGCAAUUUAUUUUUACUUAAGUUAACUAAUAACACGUGCACCAGUUGUUUCCUUUUAAUUUUACUUCACUUAUGCCAUCACGCAGUAGCCAUUUCACGUGAUUUAACUAAUGCCGUCAAUCAAAGAUUCCUUGCUCCUUUAACUAAUGACGUCACACAGCAACCAUUUCAUUCAAUCCUAACCUAAUUUAUGAUGCGUUUACUUUACUUAUGAAUAAACCCAGGGAACCUAAUUAUAGUUAGUAGUUUUAUUUGACAAUGACCAUGGGAAAGAGACGAAGUACAACCUGUAUUUUUUUAUCUUGUUUCUACUGAGUCGUAUUUUUACUAACUUACAAGUUUUAAUUUUCAGAAUAUGCUUCUUCCUAUAUUUCACAUAGCCACACCCCUUCAUGGUCACAGCACUUUUGCUUGGGAGUAUGUUAUUUAUUUUAUAACUGGCAAGAACAUAUUCACUAUAUUUUGCUAUAUUUUCUAGGCUCAUUAAGACGACAUGCAAAAAGUCAUGAAGAGAGGACUCGGUAUGGCUGUUCUGAAUGUGACAAGUCUUUCACUCAACUGGGAAACGUACUGAGACACCAGAGGAAUCAUACAGGAGAUAAUCCUUACAAAUGUAUGCAUUGUGACAAGACAUUCACCAGGUAAGUUCAUUAAUUCACUAAGAGGCUAUUUCACGCAAAUGUAAAUCCCAUUUUGUAAAUCCCAUAUUAUAGUAAGAUUCAUAACUGUAUACAUACAAUAUUUACCGGCAUAGCCACUGUAGAAUUUAACAUGUUGGAUUUUAUAGGUUGGUUGAAUUUAAUAGGUUCUAUUUUUUCAACUGUUGCCCAUGCAAUACUUCAUUUAUUCGAAAACGCAUACCUAUAUAUGACAUCUGAAUCUCAGCAAAUCAAUCUUUGUAGGGUUUUGUAGCGGUUAUACGUCGUACUCCCAUGUUGUAACUCCCAUUAGUUGGCGAUUAGCCAUUUCCCAAAGUCCUGGGUCUAGUCGCGCAAAUCCCAUGUUGGAGGGCCAAGAAAUAUGGCAGCACACAUUUAAAUUAAAAGUUUAAUGUAAAAAGGAGAUAUUUCAUUUUUGGUCGUCUAAAGAGUUGAUAUUUGAUAGUAGAUUGUUCUACUCUUUCACAUGUUUGACGCCUGUCACCGUAUAUUUUGUCCCUCCAAACGAUCCCAGAAUGCACUGUGAUCUCUUUUGAUAAAAGGCUAAUUGGACAACGCUAUCCCCGACAGGACUUGUUAUCAGUCUUCAGAUCGUUGAACGAAAUUCUGGAGCUCACAAUUGUUAAAAUAAAUUCAUUAGAUUGUCGAUUUCAUUUCGCUUUUAUACAAUACGCGGUUCCCAAGUUUUGUUGUUAAUAUUCCCAACGUUGGCGUAUAGAACUUGCAAAGCUUCUGAAGUAAAGUAAAUGCUUUAAUAAUUGCCAUAUUAGCAAAAUGUUGUAACUUAUGAGUUUAUGUUCAGUACUUUAGUAAACAACUUUCAAAACAGUUUUACAUUGAAUAACGCUCUAACCAAAUGAGAUACAGAGUCCAAAUCGCACCGAAUCGCAGGGCUGCAGGUUUGAUCCCUUCCAGAGGGCCUAUUUUUUCGUGUAGCUGCAUGCUCCUGCAUUUUUCGUGUAGCUACAUGCUCCUGGUUAGGUAUAUAUUGUAUAAAUGUAUAAAAUUUACACUCGAAAUUCCAUCUACAAAAUUCUUCAGCAUUAGUCCAAUCGAGUGCAUGAGAUGCCCAACAAGUGAAUAAUUAUCUGGGUUUUUUUUAGAAUGGAUGCAAUGAAGUUGCACCAGAAAUCUCACUCUAAUGAGGAGGCAAAUGCCCGGUCAGGUUCUACAAUAAACAUUACCGGAGAACAAGAACUUAACUGUCAAGUUUGUGGUCAACAGUUUGAAAAAAUGCCAUUGCUAAAGAAACACUUGAAAUCACACGAAGGAGUGAAGGUGAAAGCGUUCCAGUGUAGCGUGUGCGAGAAAUUCUUUGAUGUGGAAAGCGCAGUUAUUGUUCAUAAACGAACACAUACUGGAGAAAAACCUCACGCAUGUGACCAAUGUGAUAGGACGUUUUCACAAAUGGGAAAUUUGAACCGGCAUAAAAUUACCCAUACGGAUGUAAAACCUUUUCAAUGUGAAACCUGCGAAAAGACGUUUAACAGAAUGGACCUUCUCAAGACUCACAAAAAAACCCAUGUUAUGAUAGAAAGUGGAUUUCCGUGUAACUUAUGUGCUGAGGUAUACUCCCUGAAGAAUGAUUUAAAAUCUCAUAAAAAAAUUGCUCAUCCAGUUCUUCGCUGCAAGACAUGUAAGUCGAAGUUUUCAGAUGCGGUGCAGUUUGAUAAGCAUUUAAAAACUCACCGCAGGGAUAACCCGUAUAAGUGUAACAUUUGUGAAAUGUGUUAUUCUGAUGCGCAAAGUCUAGUGAAUCAUAUAGCAGGCCAUGCUAAGAAGGAACACAAGUGUGAUAUUUGUGGUAGAAUUUUUGGCCAGUUGGGAUCGAUGAAACAACAUAUGAGAAAACACACUGGCGAACGACCUUACGUGUGCGAUAUUUGUGGCGUCAGUUUUAGCCAAGUAGGAAACAUGCGUCGACAUAAGAAAAACCAUAAUGAUAUCAGACCAUAUAAAUGUCCUUUCUGCCCAAAGACAUUUAAGCGCAAGGAUUUAAUGAAAACUCACGAGCAAGUACAUUUACCUAAAAGUUCCCGAGGUAGAAAACGGACGAUUUUGGAUUUUGAAACAACUCAAACUCGUCAAACCAGUCAGAGUGGUCUAACAACUGAAGCAAAUCAAGUUGGUGAAGCGACCCAGACUGGUCCCAUGAUUCAAAGUGAAAACACUGAUCAGGAUGGCGAAGCAAGCCAAACUGGUCAGACCGGUGAAACGAGUCAAACGGCCGAAACAGCUCUUAUUGGUGAAGCAGGUCAGGCCGGUCCUAACGUUCAGAAUGAUGAUAUGAGUCAAUCUGGUGAAACUGGCCAAUCUCAUCAAACUAGUCAGACUGCUGGAAUUAGUGAAACGGGUGAAUCAAGUCGUGUUGGUGAAAGGAGUCAAAUUGUUCACAUCAUUCAGACUGGUGAUAUGGAUCAGACCGGUGAAACUGAUCAAACGCAUCCAGUUGGUGAAACAAGUCAUACGAGUUUGCAGACAGGUGAAACGAGUCAAAAUGGUGCAACUGAAACGAAUCAAACUUCGCGAACUAGUGAAACAGGUGAGAUGAAUCAAAUUGCCCAAACAAGUGAAAGUGGACAAAUAUUGUAUCACUGUCUGCAAUGUGGCGAGAAAUGUAAUGAUGCGAGUACUUUGGCUGAACACGUGAAAACACAUGACGUUCUGUUACAAGGAAGCCCAGUACGGGGUACUAGCCGAAGUGCAGCUACACCACAAUCCCCUGUCAGCGGGAGCGUGAAUUCUGCAGUUAGUCCCCGAAAGAAGACACAUACUUGUGACAUUUGCAACAAAAGCUUUGAUCAGCAAAGUGCCUUAGUAACUCACAAAAGAACCCAUACUGGAGAGAAGCCUUUUGCCUGUGACCAGUGUGAGUUGAAGUUUGCCCAACGCGGAAACUUAAUCAGACAUCAGAGAAAGCAUAGCGGAGUCAAGCCUUUUAAAUGUCAGAUAUGUAACAAGGAAUUCGAUCGCAAAGAUUUCCUAAAGUUGCAUGAGACUAAGUGUACCACUGCUGUGUUAUCUGAAUCAGAUAAACUUAUAAAGUAAAUAUCUUAAACCUUCCAUUAUAAACUUAGGCUUAUAUAUAUGCAUGCCUUCAAAAUGGUAAUUUCACAAAUGGGAUUUUACUGUAUAUAGUACAUGUAUAUAUGGUUGGGAUUAUGCGUAUUUCGUAUGACCUAUUUUAACAGACAUCGCGUAAGCUUUGUGACAUUUUCAUUCACAAUGAUGAAAACCAACAUUUCCCAAUUGUUAAGGCCCAGUUGAAUGACAGCUAGCUUUUUAACCCAAUUUACAAUGUGAAAGCCAACAUUACUGUACAUGUCCUAUAGGUAAGAUUUGUUUCAGUCUAUUUGGGUUUAAAUUAUCCCAGUUGAACAUGUUUUCCAGCAACAUAUUUGAAAGUGCGCGCAUGUCUCCUUGUAUAACGAUUCCAAAUUGACCUGGAUUGAUAUUAAUAUUAAUAAUUACCCUGGUUCCAGAGGUUCUUGUGCCACCGUAUUAUAAAUUACGUAAUUUGUACGAAGGAAUGGCGCCAACCUCUGGUGGCACGCAAUGAGAAUCUCACUUCCAUGCUGAGUUGUCGUUUAAGAACUUGCAAAACUGGUUUUAUAUUUUUUGAGUUGUUUAAACUUCCGGGUUGUCAUACUACGGCAAACCAUCAAAGAGAGCUAUUCUGGUGUUUUGGCAGCCUUGUGUAUUAAAAGUAUUAAAAAUAGCAGCCUAAACAACUCCUUAGAAACAUGUAGAUUAUUCUCGCAACGUGCUGUAUAUAAAAUCCAAACGUCAAACGGAGGAUAUGGUUAUCCUUGAAGGACAACGGGAAAAUAUUGGCAAAAUAAAUCGUAUUAAUAACUAUUAAAGUAAAAAAAAUACCAAAAUUUAAAACCUUGAACGAGCGUAUUAAGCAACCUUUAUAUUUUACAAAUAUUACUCUAAUAGAGUGAACAUGUCAUGCCGUCAACAUAAGUCAUGCCGCGAUGGCAGGUCUUCUCCAGCGCAGAAGAUUUUUUAAGCAGUGAGUUCAUAUCUCAGAGGUUCGUAGCGGAACAAACUACGUUACUCUCAAAUAACCCAUACUAAAAGUUAUGCAUUUUCUAAAUACGUUUAAUUAAUACAUGUACAUAUUUCUGUAUUUUGUUCACAUUAUGUUCUCUGAGAUUUAUAAACGGUUUUUUUAGCCAAUCACUUCAUGUGACUGCUAAUCAUAACUAACCAAUCAUGUGCUUGGUACAAAUUUUGUACCAAAGGAAGUGAUAUUUAUAUCGCGUGCCACCAGAGGUUCUCUUUGCCUCGCGUGAAAUAAAUACGAGAGAGUUUGAGCAAGAGAACAAAGUCGGACGACGACGACGUGGUUGACAAUCUUUGCCUGUCUUGCACAUUAUCUUGCGCAUUCUGAGUUUAGGGUCAGGGGUGAAGACAGAUUAGAGAUUCACGUCUAGCUGUUUAUGAAUGCGGACCCAAAUCCUUACCCUGAUCAGGACAAAACAGCGAGACAUGAAUCCAUAUCCCGGUCUUCGUUCUUCUGCCUUCGUUCACAACGAAUAUUUUGGCAAAAUUCGUUGUGAACUUCGUUCCGAACGAAGGCAGGAGGACAAAGACGGGAUAUAGUUUCAUGUCUCUCUGUUUUUUUCUGGGUCAGGCCAUAAAUUAGGGUCAGUAUUCAUAAACAGCGACACAUGGGAAGUCACGCUGAGCAACCACCAGUGACGUCCAGUUCAGUUUGCGCAAGAUAAUCAUAAAGUGCAGGCAGCAAAAAUUGUCAAGUACGCCUUCGUCUUCGUACUUCGUUGUCUUGCUCAAACUCUCUCGUGGACGAGAAUACGGCGGAAGAUACGAGAACCUCUAGCAACGAGGGUAAUUAAUAAUUCGAUUUUAUAUAAUUGUUUUAAUAUAUUGUUAGUAUAUGUAUAAAUAGGAUGGUUAAGUGCAAUUUGGAAAAAGUGCAUGGACGAGUGAGCUUUUCAAAGACUUUCACGAACGUAUACUUUUCCCAGUUGUGCAAGAAACCAUGCUAUUACUUAGUAAUAUACAUGGAAUUACACUCUUAUAUAUAGAUACACCUGCGUACUCACCCAGGUUAUUUGAGCAUUGUUUUCAUUGUAGGCAAACCUUUCAAGUCUUAAGCGUUCCUUGUAUUUAAAGUUUGUAUUCAUUGGCGUAUACAGUUUUCAAUUAAGAGUGUCAAUCUGCCGUCAUGUUGCUUUUCCUUGUCUUGAAUUUUCAUGGUUGGCAAAUAUUCGAAAAUAUACGUGAUACUAUUGCCAUGCAUUGGCAACAUAUUUCCAAGCAUUACGUGAUACUAUGGCCAUGCAUUGGCAACAUAUAUCCAGGCAUUGGCAACAUAUAUCCAAGCAUAUAUCCAAGAACAAAUUUAACUUGAAAGUGCUCAACGUAAUAACGCGUCUGUGUAAGGUCACCCGUAGACGUAGUCAUAUAGAGUGGAUGUGAAUAUGAAUAUAGACUUGUAGUGUAAACUAUUUCUAGUGUCUGUAUCCUUUCCCAUUUUGACCGUAAUUAUUAC